UUAAAUCCGGAAACAAACAUCGGCAGCAGCAGCAGCAGCUGCGGCGGAGCUGAGCAGCAGCAGCUGUUCGUUGUCUCGGUUCCCGGUGUAAAUGAACACGUGAAUAAAAGUACCGAGUUCGCACCGUUUGUUUGUUUUGUGUAAAAACGGGAUUAUUCACCGACGAGCGGACUUUAACUCACCUGCACCGCCGCCGGGGAGAGAACCGCCAGUCAAAGAUGUUAGCACAACAUUAGCGAAACAUCAGGAGUUUAUGUUUUUAUUUUAAUUCACCUCCUAUCUUUUUUUAAAAUUUUUAAAUUAAGUCAGCCUCUUAGGGUUUAUUAUUAUUUUUUAUUUUUUUAAAGUUAUUAUUUGAAGUUAUAAUGAUGAACUCCAGCCGGAGGGGGAGGAGGAGCGGCGGCGGCAGCGGGGUGACCGGGCUGCUGUACCCGCUGCUCGGUGCGUGUCUCUGGGCUGCGGCGCUCGGCUACAGGCCGGUGAUCAUUGUGCACGGUUUGUUCGACAGCUCGGGGGACUUUAAAAACUUGCAGCGGUUCAUCAACGAGACGCACCCUGGGACAAACGUGACAGUCAUCGACCUAUUUGACAGGAGUGCCAGCCUGCAGCCCAUGUGGAAGCAGGUGGAGGGAUUCAAGGCAGCUAUUUACCCAAUAAUGCAAAAUGCAGCCGACGGGGUUCACUUCAUCUGCUACUCUCAAGGUGGGCUGGUUUGCAGAGGGAUCCUCUCCACUCUGCCUGACCACAACGUCCACUCCUUCAUCUCUCUGUCCUCGCCUCAGGCCGGCCAAUACGGAGACACAGACUACCUAAGGUACAUCUUCCCUCAGUUUGUCAAAUCCAACCUUUACCACCUCUGCUACACCGGGAUAGGCCAGAGGAUAUCCAUCUGCAACUACUGGAACGACCCGCACCACAGAGACCUGUACGUGAACAGCAGUGAUUAUUUGGCUCUGCUCAACAGUGAGAGGGCCAAUCCAAAUUCAACAGAGUGGAAGAAAAACUUCCUCAAGAUCACCAAGCUGGUGUUGAUCGGCGGACCAGACGAUGGAGUCAUCACCCCCUGGCAGUCGAGUCAGUUUGGAUUUUAUGACGACAAUGAGACUGUUGUCGAGAUACAGCAGCAAGAAGUUUAUUUGAGAGACGUUUUUGGUCUGAAGACGCUGGCCGCUCGCGGGGAUCUGAUCCUCUGCUCUGUUCCCGGCGUCGAACACGUCUAUUGGCACUCGAAUGAGACGGUGUUCCACACGUGUAUGGAGAAGUGGCUGGUGUAGAUCCAAACUACACACACACACAACACAAACACACACACCCACACACUCUCUCUCUCUUGUCUAGGUUUUUAAACAUGCUUUUACUUUUUAUAGUUUGACAUUUUGGGAGGUGUUUGAAGAGAAUUUUGAUGCCACUCUCAGAUCUGUACAAUAGAUAAGAAGCACAAACUAUAAUCUUUGAAGGAUCUUGCAAGGAUUUCACUUACAGGACAUGUGAGCUUUAGAGGCAUCAAUUGAAAGAUUUUGUUUUUACCUUUUGGACAGAACCAUACUAGCUGUUUCCCCCUGUUUCCAGUCUUUAAGCUAAGGUAACCUGAAUAUGAGUGGAUGUCAACGGUCUUAUCUAACUCUCUGCAUUUCCCAAAAUGUCAAACUGUUCCUUUUAAUAAACUGUGUUGUAGCCCUCAGUCAAAUCCAACACAAAUAUGAGGGUUUUCAUAAACCUGGUAACAACACAACUUUGUUCAUUAUUACAGUUUGCAAAGGAAAAGCAUAUCGGACAUUAAAAAGGAGCAUUCCAGCAAGUUCAUACUGCACUUCUAUGAAUAUUGCAAGAGACAGAUUCAAAAGAGAAGGAACAGGUAUCAGCGCAUCAUAAAAGGCUGAGAGAUCCUCCAGUUUAACUCAAGCCCGGCAGAUCUCACCGAUUUCCAUAAUGCAACUAAAUAGUUAUCAUGAAGUCUCUCUUGCUCUUUUUCUCUCUCUUUAUACAAUCAUGUUUGUCAGCUUUCAUGUGAACAAACACAUGUGACACAAUGAAUGUCUUCCAGGAGAGAUCGUCUGAAAAUGGUCAUCCUCGUUUUUAAACAAUUUCACGUCACUUUGUGAAAAGAAAAUAUGUGGAGUGCCCCUUUAACUUGUAUGAAAUGUGUUAGUUAUUACUUUCAGAUACCGAGCCCACAUACAUACAGAAUAUCCAUGUGUGAGUGUUAGUGUGUUUGCUCUCACAUACCUCAGAAACCCCACACAUCAGUGCCUGAGCAACGUUCUGUCAUCUACAUGUACAGACCCACUGCCAUGCUCAUUUUAUGAUGCAGUAAUUCUUUUUUUUUUUCCCUUCCACUUUUAAUCCUGGGGAAUUAUGUGUUCCUUUUUUUAUUUGUUAUGUGUUUUAUGUGAUCAUGACCGUGAUGUUUAUUAUCAUUAUCAUUAUCAUGCAGUGCUUUUGGAGCUGUAUUGCUUUAGUAGAUGGAGCCUUAAUAUUCCCCCUCAUGCCUCAGUGUUUCAUGUCCAUUACCAAAGUGCUCUGACACACUGCCUAUAGUCACGGUGCUAAAAAUAGAAGAUGGAGGAGUUGAGUGGCUGGAGGGUGGCAGUGGUCUGUAAGUGUUUACUUGUCCGCCACUCUAUUAUUAUACGUGGUGCUCUUUACCUCCCAUCGCAUUUAGAUUACUCAGGUGUUUUGAGCAACCGUGUUUGUUUGCCUCUGUCAGAAAAGAGAAAAAAAGGAAUUCAUUUUCUCUAGAGUUAACAUUUGCAGUAUGUUGGAUAUUUUGUGCUGCCUGUUGUACCUAUAAGUGUUUCUCAAAGAAGAAGAGAAAGGGAAAAUAGCUAUUGUGUGGUUAAAAAAGAAAGAAUGAAAGAAAGAAAGAAGAAUCGAAAUGCUGUUGCACAAUGUUUAGCCAGAUGAAGAGAAGGGAAACGAUAGAGGGGAUGAUUUUAACUGUUUUAAGUUGUUAAAAUCUGAAAUAUUAUUUUGAUAUUGUUGCAUCAUUUGUUGUUUAUUGUAUUGUUUGUUCAAAUUAACUGACUCACAAUUACUGCGUGAAAUAUGGAUAUAAGGGAUUUCCUCUCAGCUCAGUCUUCUUGCAGGUAUUUAGUGUGGACGUGAAGACCUUUUUUUAAAAACUCAGACAGAAAUGACUAUUUUGACAUUGUCCCACAGUUUCUACAGCAUUUGGUCUGCAAGUGAAAAGGUGUCAAAUGUUGUUAAUUCCUCAAUAAAAUACUUUUGAAACAUC